GGAGAAGGUGAGUGAGCGGCGCCGCCAUUGAGGAGCGUGGCGGAGAGGAGGAGAGGCAGAGGAAAAAGGGGGCGGCUGGAAUCUGAGACCGGGUCUAAUCAUGAUGUAUGCUUGUGCUAAGUUUGUCUCCUGCCCUGCUGUGGUUCGCAGCACUUCGAGGACAUUCCUUCGACCAAUGUCGGCCUCAGUCUUCCGACCAGAGAUCAGAAAUGAACAAGCACAGCUCCUCCCUGCACCAGGAAAUGCACUAGUGCAGACUGGAAGGCGGGACCUCCAGACCAGUGUCACCUCCAGGGACAUCGAUACUGCUGCUAAGUUCAUCGGUGCUGGUGCUGCUACUGUUGGAGUGGCAGGCUCUGGUGCUGGUAUUGGGACGGUAUUCGGCAGCUUGAUCAUUGGUUAUGCCAGGAACCCUUCCCUGAAACAGCAGCUUUUCUCUUAUGCGAUCUUGGGAUUUGCCCUGUCUGAAGCUAUGGGUCUCUUCUGUCUGAUGGUUGCCUUCCUGAUCCUGUUUGCCAUGUAAAUUCCUAUGGGAGAAUCCGGAAGAUGGCUGGGGAAGAGUAAAUUAUUGUAGUGUGUGGCUUUGGCCUCUGUCACCACGAAGUAUUCAAAUAGGAUUAUUUUUUCAAUCCAAUUGUGUAAGAUCUCUUCUGAUAGAGCAGGGGUCACUGAAUAAAAUGGUUAAACAAG